UGAAACGGUAACACCUAUUUUUCAUGUCACGUUGAGCACGAUUACAAUAUAAUAUGUACGUAAUGUAUACUUCCAAAUCAAAUAACAGAAGUAAAAUUAGCCUGAUUGCGGAAGCGAAAGGAACAGCGACAACAUAAUUUGUAUUUUGCUUAUUACGAAGAGUACGUGAACGCACCACAAGGGGCGGGAACUCCAGUCAAGUGUCCACCAUUGUUAAUAUUCCAUCUAACGUGGAGGGACAAAAGUUCACCCGCCGUUACCUAAAAAAAAAGUGUCCCCAUACACUUACUUCCGUCUUCUUUCUGUCCGGGUCUGCGGCGUCAUGUCGGCAAGCUGGUGGAGCAGCGCGGCGGUGACCCACUGCCUCAUGGCUCUCUUCGCUAUGGGGUCCUGGAUUUCCGUCAACAGUCUGUGGGUCGAGCUCCCAGUGAUCGUUGGAGAUAUGCCCGAAGGUUGGAACUUACCCGCCUACCUGUCAGUGCUGAUAGCCUUCGGGAACCUGGGUCCAAUUGCCGUAACCAUCACCCAUCACUGCGCCCCAGGCCGUCUAAACGAGCGCCUGGUCAUCCACUCCAUCCAGGCGUUGGCGGUGGUGGCGUCCGCCCUGCUGGCCAUCUUCUGGGCACACAAGGUGGUGGUGGCCGGGGAGGAGAGGUCCGUGCCCUUCCUCAUUUUCACCUUUGUGCUGUCUCUUGUCUGCUGCACGUCCAACGUCACCUUUUUGCCCUUCAUGUUCCGCUACCCGCCGCAGUACAUUCGGACCUUCUUCAUCGGGCAGGGCUUGAGCGCCCUGUUCCCGUGCGUGGUGGCGCUGGGGCAGGGCGUCGGCAAGCUGGAGUGUCAGAGUGUCAACGGCACCACGGAGCCGCAUUAUCUCAAAGAGCGUUUCCCGGCGCAGAACUUCUUCUGGUUCUUGUUUGUCAUGCUGUGCGUUUCAGCUUUGAGUUUUCUGGCGUUGACGCGGCGGUUGGUGGAUGUGUCGCAACAGGACGCUCCUCCCCCUUGUCCUGACGCUGUGUCCACUCCGGUUAAGAGUGUGGACGAGACCCACCCCCUGAGCAACGGAGGAUCACAAGUGUCCGAGGAGCACGUGCAGCUGCAGGAGUCAGCACCCGCACGGACAUUUUGGACAAUGCACAACAUCUACUUGCUGGCGUUGCUCGCCAUCUCCAACGCUCUCACCAACGGCAUCCUGCCGUCCGUCCAGAGCUACACCUGCUUGCCGUAUGGCACCAUGACCUUUCACCUCUCUGUGGUUCUGGGGAACAUUGCCAACCCUCUGGCCUGCUUCAUCGCCAUGUUUGUGAUCCUGAGGUCCUCAGCAGGGCUGGGUUGCUUGUCUUUGGCUGGUGUAGUCUUUGCUGCCUACCUCAUGGCUUUGGCGGUCAGCAGUCCGUGUCCUCCACUAAUGAACGCUGCUGGGAGUGCGUUGGUGGUGCUCUCCUGGAUCAUCUUCACAGGCCUCUUCUCCUACCUGAAGGUGGUGAUUGGCACGUUGCUGCACGAGGUGGGUCACGCCGCCCUGUUGUGGUGUGGCAUCUCCAUCCAGGCGGGCUCCCUGGUGGGCGCGCUCACCAUGUUCCCGCUGGUCAACAUCUACAGUGUCUUCAAAAGCUCACAGGACUGCAAGAACAUGUGCUCUUAACGAGAUAAGAACUUUCAUUUUUCUAUACGACACACACAGACAGAUCCCACAGGAGCAUCAGCUGUUUAUUGAUGCAUGUUCCACGCCGUCUUGGCCUCAGGAGUUCCACCAAACUGGACCGCUUGUCUGAUAAUGGCAGCAUUGUGUUCCUUCACACUGACCGAGGGGCUGCAACGUGCAGUAAAACCACGAGAAUGAACCUGGGCCGACGAGGUUGCUCACUGUGGGGCCAUGUGACAUUAUUUACUCAGGGACAUAGCGCUACAAGCUGCACUUAUUAAUUCAUACAUUCAUACAUUAAUACAUUUGGUGCACGUUUUACAGAAGAAAUUGCCUUAACUUGAAGGAAACUUGCUUGCUAACAUUAUUAAUAAUUUGUCAACGCUGGUCUAUUGUUUGCCUUAGAUUACAUGAUGUAUGUCACAUCAGAUGACUAAUAUUAUAGAUGUGCUUUUUUCACCUUUGUAUUUAUUUCAAUGAAUAAGGCAUUUAGGUAGCGUUUUUGUAUAUUGAAUAAUAAUGAUACUUCAUUCAAAGGGGACCUAUUAUGCAUAUUUUUCGGACCCUUGUAUUGAGUUGCGGACUAUAGAUCAGCUACACACAAUAACCCGCACAGAAAGAAUUCUAGAUCUUCCAGAAUCUGCACCUACUCCAGCUGCAUUUCCUUGGAUUUCCAUUAAGGUCUGUUUUUCAUUUAUUCCGCCCAUGUCCUGUCUACCGGCACAGGCAGUCUUCUAUGAUUGGUUACAUUCCCAAAGACUUCCCGACUAAAACCCCACUUUCUAAUUUUAGGAGUUCGGAAUAGGAGUUGAUAAAAAAUGAAUAAACCCCUUUGGAGCGCUACUUGAAACGUGGUUACUGGUAGUUUUUUGCGGGACUACCUGUGUUUAAAGAACUGGGGCGGACCACUGACUUGCGGUGGGAAAAGGCUAUUAGCAACAAAAAUACAACUUACCUAAUAAGUGUCCACACUGCGGCUGUACCUAAUGAAGUGACUAAUGGCUGUGUGUUAAGUUAAAAGGUCCUAUACUCUCCAUAAGACAAAAAACCCUAAGGC